AUGACUAGCAUUCAGAAACAUGCGCUUGUUGUCGGCGCAUCUGGAAUUACCGGGUAUGGUCUUCUCCAAAAUCUGCUGUCCUAUCCGACUGCGGACUACUGGACGAGUAUCACUGGUCUCACCAGCCGGCCCAUGAAUAAGGCACAGGCGCUGCUUCCAGACGAAGUCCGUCUACGCCUGGCUGUGGUCGCAUUUCUCAAGGCAAUCCCUCAAAUUGAGCUGAUUACUCACGUCUAUUUCGCCGCUUAUUCCGUCAAAGACUGUGAGAACCUGCAAGACAUCAAGCGUCUCAACACCAGGCUGCUUUCGAACCUGAUCGAAGCAGUCGAUGCCUGCUGCCCCAACCUCCAGUUCGUCACGCUUCAAACCGGAGGAAAGUACUACGGAGUCCAAUUCCCAAAGGACGUUAGUCUCAACCCGCCUUUCAAAGAGAGCUUUCCUCGGAUUCCGCAGCCGCUCGCCAACGAAAUCUUCUACUAUGCACAAAUCGACCUGAUGACCGAGCGAAGCAAGGGAAAGUCCUGGAAAUGGGCUGACAUCCGACCCGACGCUAUCGUUGGCUUCGUGCCCCAGAACAAUGCCAUGGGAAUUGCGCAGGCUCUCGCGGUGUUCCUUUCGCUCUACCGUUACGUUCAUGGAGAUGGAGCGAAGGUGCCAUUCCCGGGUGACUUGGCGAGUUUCAAAGCCAAACACACGGAUACAAGCCAGGAUAUUCUGACUCGCUUCACAAUAUUUGUCGGUUUGAAUGCCGAAAAGACGAAUGGUCACGCAUACAACAUCGGUUGCUCGGAUGAAUGCACAUCGUGGGAGUCCAAGUGGAGUGGCAUUUGCGAGUAUUUUGGGCUUGAAGGAGUAUCGCCUAAGCCUGGUCACACUUUCAGCGUAUCUCGUUGGAUCAAGGAUCACUGUGCCCAUUGUCAGCGAUGGGCUGAGGAAUUCCAGUUGAGGGAGGGUACAUUUGAGGGCACGAGCUGGGAUUUCCUGGAAGCGCUGGUGGCGGAGUCGGACUUUGAUCGCCAGUAUGAUCUGAGCGCUGCUCGGAGUCUUGGAUUCCAUGAAAUCAUUGAUACUGUCGACAGCUAUCACAAAGCAUUUGACAGAUACAGACAGGCCAAGAUUAUCCCUUGA